UAGUAGGCCGGUUUAGAGGAAAUGUGUUACCCUGUAUAUUUGGCGGGUCCGGGAGGUGUGGCUCCGGGGAACCAGGCCUAAGAGACAGGAAAUUCCUCCUUUCUCUGUGGUUCCUGGGGUCCCCAUGUUCCGGAAGUGGAGGGUGGGAUGCCGCGGCCGUAUAUUUCCUGGGACACGAAAACUCCUGUUAGGUGCAGGCACCGCACAGGCCGCCUGGAGUCACCAGUCGCUCCUGCAGCGCCGCCAGUGCGGCGCCGGAAACCUCGGCCCGGAUGCCCUGGGACCUCCAGCUUUGUAGUUUUGAUACCUUGAUGUGAAAUGCCAAGAAGACUCUUGGUCUUUGGUCCUGAAACAGAAAUUCAGAGAAAAGCAAAAGGAAGAAUGGAUGUUUCUAUUGGAAAUGCUCUCCAGGGUCUGUUGACAUUCCAGGAUGUGGCUUUGGACUUCUCCCAUGAGGAGUGGGACUCUCUGGACUCUGCUCAGAGGACUUUGUACAUAGAUGUGUUGUUGGAGAAUUACAGUAACCUAGUCGUUGUAGAGCACUAUUACAUGUGUGUUAAACAGAAGAAAGUCCUGCAUUACAGCUCAAAGAACAUUGUCCGUCAGUGUGUGAAUAUCCAUGAGGAAUCUUACAAAUGUAAUGAGCUUGGCAAAAUGAUUCAAGAAUCCUCCCAGUGUAUACUUCAUGACACAUGUGAUAUAGAAACCUGCAACAAUUGCAAAUUUGGAAACCACAGAGAUGCCUCUAUUGAAUCAGCAGACCUAACCAUCCAUAAAAGUGGAAACACUGGAGAAGAGCCUUUCAAAUAUGAAGACUGUGUGAACAGUUUAAAUUUCUGUUCCAUCAUUAGUCAAAAUCUACAAAUCUGCACUGAAAAGGAAGAAUGAAAAAAUAGAAAUAAUAAUAAUAAGUAUUUUGACUCUCAACACAAACUCACAUUGAAAGAAAUCCACACCGGAAAGAAACCACAGCAAUGCUGGAAAUGUGCAAAAUGCUUCAAGACAUACUCACACCUCAGUGGACAUAAAGGAGUUCCAACAGAAGAGAAACCUGAUAAAUACACAGAAUGUAGUAAAUACUUUCUGCUUUUGUCACAACUCUACAUACAUAGCAAUAGCCAAUAUGGAGAAAAACCCAACAAAUGUACAGAAUGUGGUAAAUGCUUGUAUGAUACAUCAGACUUUAAAGGACAUUACCGAAUACACAUUGCAGGGAAAACUUACAGAUUUACUGAUUAUGGCAAAUCCUUCAUUUGCUGCUCAGGUAUCAGAAAAUAUCAGAAAAUUUAUAGAGGUGAGUCACCUUAUGAAUGUAAGCAAUGUAGUAAGUUCUAUACAUUGUCACAACUUGAAUACCAUUAUAGAAACCAAAGUGGAGAAAAACUGUACAGAUGUAAUGAUUGUGGCAAAUCCUUAUCCACUAUCUCGGGUGUUAUAUCACAUCAGAGAAGUCACACAGGAGAAAAACCUUACAAAUGUAGUGGAUGUGAGAAGUCCUUUAUCACUAGCUCUUAUCUUAGAUUGUAUCAGGAAAUUUGUAGAAGUGAAAAACCUUAUAAAUGUACUGCAUGUGACAAAUCCUUUCUUGAGAAACAUCAUCUUAGGAGACAUGAGACAGUUCAUACUGGAGAGAAGCCUUAUAAAUACAGUGAAUGAGAGAAGUCCUUUACCAGCGGCUCAUAUCUUAGAUUGCAUCAGAAAAUUCAUAGAGGUGAGAAACCAUACAAAUGUGUUGCAUGUGGUGAAGUGUUUUCUUACAGCUCUUGUCUAAGAAAACAUCAGAAAACUCAUACUAUGGAGAAAAGUGUCCUUAGUAUAAAAUGUAGCACAUGUUUUAUCCUGUUAUAAUAAAUUUAAAAGUGUCUGGUUUUUCUAACCCAGCUAGCUGCCAAAUAAGUGAGAUUUAUUCAACAAGUUUUAAGCACAACUAAGGCACUCAUCUUUCUAACUCUCUAUGAUACUUUAACUACUUCCUAGCCAUAUGCCCCAAGUUACUUGCCAUUCUCAGUCUCAUCUUGGCUCUGCUGUAUCGGUCUGUCAUCAUGGAGAAACUCCCAUAGCGACUUCUCUUACACCCUCUCCUUUCUCAUGGCCAGCUCCUCUCUUAACCCCUGGCUGGCUACUCUUCUCAGUCAUUGGCUCUUCAGCAUUUUGUUAACCAAUCAGAUAAUUGGGGAGAAUUGUUUACACGACAUUGAUACAGGAGAUGGUUCAAUUCAUUACAAAGCCCAUGUUCAGACUGUAACCAGAUCUUGGCACAAAAAUCAGCAUCUGAAUAUACAGCACAGGAGACCAACCCUCAACAUUAUCCAAGCUAUGUCCUUGGGGAACACUGCAGACUACAUACUAGAAAGUCAGUGUAAACAUGAGAGAACCCUUUUAAGUAACAUUCAAAUCUUAGAAAAUACUAAAAGCUGUGGAAAAUUUCUGAAAAUGCAACAAUGUGGAAACAUUUAUUUAAAUAUUAAUAGUUUUUUUAACUUUAAGUAUUUUAUAAUGAAUACAAAAUUGAGAAGCCCAGUGAAUGUGUUGCAUUUCCUUGAGACUGGUACAUUCCAUUCUGAAUGGCAGGUGUCUAAGACAGGAAAUAAAACCACUCAAAAUAGCUUCAAGAAAGUCCCUGAAUAUGACAGAAUUCACUGCAUUUAACUCUCAUGAAGAAGGGUGGAUUUCUGUGACUUUGAGGCCAGGCUGGUCUACAAAGUGAGUCCAGGACAGCAAACUACACAGAAAAACCCUGUCUUGAAAAAACCAAAAAGAAAGAAAAA